AAAUCGCGUCUCAGUGAACCUUCAGUGGUCGUCGAUCGUUGUUGUGCGUUGUGUGUGCCAACUUCGAGACCUCGUUCCAUCAUUCCCAUUAACCAAUAAUAUUAGCUCACUUUUCUCUUGGAUUUUCUCUUUUACAAAUUAUCCGAAAGAAAUUAAUCUCAGAAUUUGUGCAGACGUGUACUCGUACAUCUCGGAGUCCAAAUAAAAUCGCAGUACGUUAUUGAAACGUAAACAUAAUCGAAAUUUGUAAUAUUCGUAAAACAAAAUUUUUGAUAUUUAACAAAAUACAGUGUUGUUAAAAAAAAGAAUAGUAACUAUAUAUCAACGAUAGUGGAACUUUUUAGAAAAAAAAAAUACUUAUGUAAAUAUUUUUUGCAAUUAUAUCGAUAAAUAUAAAGAUUACGUUAUAUAUCUACAAACAUUGUAUUAACUUUGAAGAAUGGUCGUGAAUAAAUUUAACAAACUAAAAGAUUUCAGUGAACCAAUGCUAACCAGAUAAGAUAAAAAGUCAAACGUCACGUACGAGCAGUGAGACUCAUUAUCGGCCACUUCGUCCAUCGGCAAGUGAAAUUCCCCGGUUGUGCAAGGAAGUAGGUCGCAAACACACGUUAAUAUGAAACAAGAACGUAGCUCGUGAAACAUUCUUUCGAAAGUUUUCGAAAUGCGCAGAUUCAAUAUGAUCAAGGCUCAAAGCGGCUAUUAUUAAUUUUAUUAAUAGACUUAAAGCAAUCGUCAUUAAAGUCCACACAAUGUACAUAAUGUAUGGUCGUAAGAAUGGCAAAUAGUUAUGUCCUUGAAUGUAUUAUUUGCAUGUUAUACAAGAAGUGAGGUGAAGACGCUAUCAUCGCGUGUGUUAUCAAGAAUUAUGCGAUUGGUUGUUCAGGCACACUGUUAUUCUAGUCUCACGCACGAACCACGAGUCCAUCCGUCGCGAGAGAUGGUUCUCAAUUGCCAAGAAAGAUUAUUAUUGCGAAAAAAGGAAAUCGCAUAAUUUAUCAUGCAUUUGAAAGUGACGCGCGGCGGAAGAACGUGAGAUCGCAACUGCUAAACGUUUUUUGAAAUCAAUACGUUCGAAGAUAGUCACGACGUUUCGAUAACGACACAUGAGCCACUUCAAAAGAAUUGAUAACGCUGUGGCCUUAUACGAAACCAUUCUUCAUUACGCAAAAGGGACAAUAAUAUAAUAUAAUGCAAAAGCGCCCAGCUGCAACUUGAAGCAGGCAGUUAUGCGGAAGUAAAAUCGGACCAUCAAUUGGACGCAAGAAGUGGGACGCACGUGACAAAAUUAAAGGUGAUGUCUCUCGAAUGAUGGAAAUGGUGAAGGAAAAACCGCGCAGACGAAGCGUGAGCGAGCUGCUCGAUUGGAGGUGCCUAGCUGAAUGCAAGGGCAUCAUUGCCGGGGAUAAAAACGACAGCGCGGGAGGACUGUUGCUGGAGGACCGUAACGGAGAACCAGAAACACGCAGACGGAGACGAUCUGGUACUUGGCCGAGAACGAGGAGUUUAAACGCACCCAGUCCCGUUCAACAUUUCGGGCGAUGUGGGCGUAUCAUGAAAACUUCUAUGGUUAUGAUGAUCCAGGACCCGGCCUCCCAGAGGUUGACAUGGUUCAAGCCACCGCUCACUGUCCUGGUCAUCAAGAAAGUCCGCGAUUCUGCAGUUUUGCCACCGUUUGUUCAAUUGGUUACAUGGCUGAUAGAGGAAAAGCGAAUGGUUGUCUUUGUGGAAGCUUCUGUUCUGGAUGAUUCAGCUCUUGCCAGGGAUCCUAGGUUUCAAGGUGUUCGAGAUAAAUUACAAACUUUUAGGGAUGGUUGUACAGAUGAUUUGCAGGAUAAAAUUGAUUUUAUCGUCUGUUUGGGAGGCGAUGGCACACUUCUUUAUGCCAGUCUGCUGUUCCAGCAAUCAGUGCCGCCUGUAAUGGCAUUUCAUCUUGGUUCCUUAGGAUUUCUCACACCGUUCGAAUUUGAUAAUUUUCAAGAACAAGUGACCAAUGUUCUCGAAGGUAACGCAGCUUUAACUUUAAGAAGUCGUCUGAGGUGCCUCAUUACUCGCAAGAAUGACGACAAUCGGCCGGCUCAGCCACCGACGAAUCAUUUGGUACUGAAUGAAGUUGUAGUCGAUCGAGGGCCAUCGCCUUACCUUUCGAAUAUCGACCUAUUCAUUGAUGGCAAACAUGUGACGAGCGUCCAGGGUGACGGCUUGAUUGUAAGCACGCCGACCGGGUCGACCGCUUAUGCAGUCGCUGCUGGAGCCAGCAUGAUUCAUCCUUCAGUUCCUGCCAUCAUGAUCACACCGAUCUGCCCUCACUCUCUGUCCUUCAGGCCAAUCGUCGUACCUGCCGGGGUCGAGCUCAAGAUAAAAGCGAACAAUGAUGCCCGCAGUGCAGCUUACGUCUCCUUCGACGGUGGCAAUCAGGAAGAACUGCGUAUCGGUGACAGCUUGAAGGUAACUACUUCCAUAUACCCGGUGCCUAGCAUUUGUGCAACUGAUCAAAUCACCGACUGGUUCGAUUCCCUGGCUGAAUGUCUUCACUGGAACGUUAGGAAGCGACAGAAGCAUUUAGAUGAAUUAAGUGACCUCGCGCAUUCAUCCAGCAACGAUACCUUAGAUUCCCUCGAUCGAGAUAGUUAGGUCGGAAAGAGUGUUUAUUUAUAGGCAAUCGACAAUAUUUGGCCAAAUAUAAUUUGACUGAGGAACCAAGUAACUAAAAUCAAUCGCUUAACUUUUCUAAAUAAUCUUGCCUUCAUCGUGAAAAACUUUUCCAACGAAACCUUAUUAAACACAAUGAAUGAAAAAUCGAUAAAAAACUGAUUGUUAGGAAAGAUGUGUUCUAUGAAAUUGUCUUUUAAAAAACGAUUACGUGUAAAAUCUACUGAAGAGUAGAUAAUUUAGUUUAUAAAAAUGAGCUUGGAUCACGAUUGUAUAAAAAUCAUAAGUCUUAAUAAUAAAAUGCAUUUUUCUUUGGGAAGAUCAAGUGUUUGCAGCGAAAUAUUAGUUAAUUUGGUUAAUUAUUGUCAUAAAAGAUGUAUUAUUAAUAAUCUGAACGCGCGUGCAUACAAAAUAUUUAUUGAUAAUGCGUUUCGGUCUCUGUAAAAUGACCUAUCGAUUUACUUGAAUACACAAGAACUUUUUUCUACGUUAUAUAUCGCACUACUUGUACAGAUAUUUUUACUUUCUAGCGUACUUUAAGUUAAUAUGAUUCAAGUAUAAAAUGAUCAUUUUUGCUUUUUUUACCGAUUAUAACUGUAAUCGAUCUGAUGUAUAAAUCAAUAUUUCUUGCGAAUGUUGAAUUUUCGUAUAAAACAGAAAUUUUUAAUAAAAUAUGUUUUGUACAAUA